AUGACAAGUGAAACUGAGGAGAGAAUAAUGUCCACGGAUUGCAUAAAUUCACCGAAUGAUGAAGCCAGCAGUGAAAGAAACAUGAUAGGAAAUGGGACACUGAAGAAAGGUCCAUGGACAUCUGCUGAAGAUGCAAUUUUGGUGGAUUAUGUGAACAAAAAUGGAGAAGGGAAUUGGAAUGCUGUUCAGAAGCACUCUGGGCUUUCUCAUUGUGGUAAAAGCUGUCGUUUAAGGUGGGCAAAUCACUUAAGACCUGAUCUCAAAAAAGGUGCAUUUACACCAGAGGAAGAACGCCGCAUCAUUGAACUCCAUGCUAAAAUGGGGAACAAAUGGGCACGCAUGGCUAUUGAGGUCUAUUCCUCUACUUUCUUUCCCAGUUACAUUUUUUUUCUUUUUAAUUCAAAUCAUUCCUUAGCUGCUAUAUCCAAGCAAGUUGCAUACAUUCAUAUUCUUUUGUGA